CGGAGCUACUCUGGGAAUCGCGUCGUGUCAAUUGGUUUCUUAUCAGUGUAGAAUAAAUAUCCGUUUGUGUCCUAAGAAAUACAUUUAAAGACGAUCGUGGAAGCUAUGAGAUGGGAGUGUGCUGUUGAAAUUAGAAGGGAUACAAAAACAAAGUAAUUAUGGGAAAUUCCUUGAAAAGGACGAGAGGAAAAAAAGAACGUUUUGACGAGCUAGCUGCUAGUGGAGAGGCCGAGAAUUUACAGCACCAGCAACAGGCAGAUGAAGCUUUAAGAGCUGCCUCGACGAGUAAACACCACGCGCAGAUAGAGAAACAUACAAUUGUGUGUACAACAGCCAUUGAAGAUGCUGCGGGUCGAGGAAUAGAGCGUAUUGAUGAGGACACAGAAGCACACAAACGAGACAUUGAGGCACUAGCUACUAGAAAGAAGGCCGAGAUUUCACAGCAUCAGCAGCAACGGCAGCAGGAGGAUGAAGCCAUCAGAGCUGCCUCGACGAGUAAACACCACGCGCAGAUAGAGAAACAUACAAUUGUGUGUACAACAGCCAUUGAAGAUGCUGCGGAUCGAGGAAUAGAAUGUAUCGAUGAGGACGUAGAAGCACACAAGCGAGACUUUGACCUACUAGCAAAUAUGAGGAAGGCCGAGCUUUUACAGCAGCAGCAGGAGGUGGAUGAAGCCUUCAGAACGGACCUAAAAGAAACUCUACGUAAAUACCAUUUAAAACACAACUCGUUCCUUUCGCUUGGACCGUUCUUUUCUUCGGAUGAUUCACGUCUGAAGGAUUUUUACGUUCCUCCAACGCUGUCUGAGGUUUUACAACAACGGAUAAGCAAGGAGAAUGGACCAAGGGAACAUAAAACACGUCCUAUUACAUCCCUUGAACAACUGUUGACACCUGCUGAUACAACGAAGCAAUUUACAAUCAUAACCGCGAAUGCUGGUGUUGGUAAAACAUCGUUUUGUAAAUUUAUAGCUGUUUUGUGGUGCGCGUCACAUGGCCACGAGACGGAUACAAUCAGCACAUUCAAAGAGAGGUUUGACAUUCCUUUUGAGUCUUUAGAAAAAAUACCCUAUCUUCUCUACAUUCCGAUGAGGAGUAUUCCACAAGGCCGCACCCAUUCCAUUGAAAAACUUAUAUUUGAUCAUUUAGAAAAUGUGAUUGGAUACCUUAAGCAAGACCGAGACAAGUUAAGAAGAGUUUUCAUGAACGAACGUUGUUUGGUCAUCUUAGAUGGAAUGGACGAGUCUUCCUUGUCAACGCUUGUCCCAGCAAUGGCCAAACGGAAGUACAGCAUUAUAAUUACAUGUCGCCCAUGGAAACUCGCAGAUAUGGAAUUACCGAAGUACACGCAUAUAAAUAUUGACGAUCUCAGUAACAGUUCACAAAAAAACCUGUUUGAACACGUGAAUAAACUCUUAAACGCAUAUAAUUCAACCACAUUUGAAGUUAAGAACUUCUUAGCAACUUUAGAGGCUAAGAAACUGCAGCCACUUUCCUCCAACACGCUCGUGGGUCUGCAACUAUACUGUCUCUGGUAUGACCAACGUAUGGACGACGAAACAUCAGAAAAUAACAAAACAAGAAUGACGCUUGGACCAACAAGAUCACACAUCUAUGCAGCCAUAUUAGAAAAGAUGUUCAGUCUAGAAAUGAAAAAGACAAAAGACUUUUCAGAACGUCAACAAAAUAAAAUUUCCACACAAAGACCUCUUCCUAAAUGCUUUGAGGGACGGAAGUUGUGUAAAGCAAAAUCCUGUUUGAUUUAUGAAACAGGCAAGAUUGCUCUUAAGAUGUUAGUUAACUCGAAGAUCGAGUUUGAUGAGGAAACCAUGCAUUCGUUACUAGAUGGGCAAUUUCUUUUAGAUUCAGGAAUCAUUUCAGCCUAUAUGUCACACAAGUGCAGUAUUGAAAACAAAGUGUACCAUUUUCUACACAAAACCUACCAGGAAAUGUUUGCAGCAAUAUAUAUUUCGUCACUGAAUUUCAAGAGCGAAGACUGGCUUGCGCUGGAGGACAACUUCAAUACUGUAUUUUCACCGGACAUAAUGUCAUUCUUGUGCGUGAUGAAUUACGAGCAGGGCCGGCGAUGUUCGGAAAUAUUCGGCAACAUAGAGCGGGAGUUUUACAGAGAAGACGCAUUUUAUGCCAAUGAGAUAAUCGAGUACCAAGACACCGUGCAACUGGCGUACAACGAAUGUGUGAACAAUGGUGUGUCAGAGCCGCAACUUACGUUAAGACAUGUAGAGUUGAAUAGGGAAAACGCUGCGUCAAUCGGUCCACUCUUGCAACAAAACCUUAGCGGACUUUAUUCGUGUGUUAUUGAAUGUUCCGAAGGAUACCCUGCUAAUACAAGCAUUACAAGCAUGGAACAACUUCACACAUUAUGCAUAUCGAGUAAAGAAGAGGGCAAUGCUUCUCGUCAAAGUAUUCCAACAUUGUUUCCUAACAAAUUAACAUUUCUUUGUCUAUUCGAUUUGAACAUAGAAACGGAUAAUCUAAACCUGGCCUCUUGUGGAAAUAUCAAAGUAAUCAUUCUGCUAAACCUCCGCCUUCGGCAUGUGACGAUCGCCCCGACUCAGCUAGAGACGUUCUUGGUCGCUAUCGAGGAUAACAUACGAGAGAACAUACCGCCUAUGGAGGUGACAUUCGCACACGGGAGACGGUUUACAAACAAAUUAAAGAAGCUCCGUCUUGACAACGUUACUUUAAAUGAAACACUUAAUAUACAGCAUUGUGAUCAACUACAAGAACUAUGGCUGGACACGUUAACAUUUUCUGACGACUUCCACCUGGACCUGUCCUCAUUCACGCACCUUUCUGUGGUAGAUCUUAGAAACCUCCGCCUCAGGCAUGUGACCAUCGCCCCGACCCAGCUAGAGAAGUUCUGGGUCUCUAUCAAGGAUAACAUACGAGAGAACAUACCGCCUAUGGAGGAGACAUUAUCACACGGGAGACAGUUUACAAACACAUUAAAGAAGCUCAGUAUUGACAACGUUACUUUAAAUGAAACACUUAAUAUACAGCAUUGUGAUCAACUACAAGAACUAUGGCUGGACACGUUAACAUUUUCUGACGACUUCCACCUGGACCUGUCCUCAUUCACGCACCUUUCUGUGGUAGAUCUUAGAAACCUCCGCCUUAGGCAUGUGACCAUCGCCCCGACCCAGCUAGAGACGUUCUGGGUCUCUAUCAAGGAUAACAUACGAGAGAACAUACCGCCUAUGGAGGUGACAUUAUCACACGGGAGACAGUUUACAAACACAUUAAAGAAGCUCAGUCUUGACAACGUUACUUUAAAUGAAACACUUAAUAUACAGCAUUGUGAUCAACUACAAGAACUAUGGCUGAAAACAAUAACAUUUUCUGACGACUUCCACCUGGACCUGUCCUCAUUCACGCACCUUUCUGUGGUAUUUCUUCUAAACCUCCGCCUUCGGCAUGUUACCAUCGCCCCGACCCAGCUAGAGAAGUUCUUGGUCUCUAUCAAGGAUAACAUACGGGAGAACACACCGCCUAUGGAGGUGACAUUCGCACACGGGAAACAGUUUACAAACACAUUAAAGAAGCUCCGUCUUGUCAACGUUACUUUAAAUGAAACACUUAAUAUACAGCAUUGUGAUCGACUACAAGAACUAUGGCUGAAAACAAUAACAUUUUCUGACGACUUCCACCUGGACCUGUCCUCAUUCACGCACCUUUCUGUGGUAUUUCUUCUAAACCUCCGCCUUCGGCAUGUUACCAUCGCCCCGACCCAGCUAGAGAAGUUCUUGGUCUCUAUCAAGGAUAACAUACGGGAGAACACACCGCCUAUGGAGGUGACAUUCGCACACGGGAAACAGUUUACAAACACAUUAAAGAAGCUCAGUCUUGACAACGUUACUUUAAAUGAAACACUUAAUAUACAGCAUUGUGAUCAACUACAAGAACUAUGGCUGGACACGUUAACAUUUUCUGACGACUUCCACCUGGACCUGUCCUCAUUCACGCACCUUUCUGAGGUAGUUCUUCAAAACCUCCGCCUCAGGCAUGUGACCAUCGCCCCGACCCAGCUAGAGAAGUUCUGGGUCGCUAUCAAGGAUAACAUACGAGAGAACAUACCGCCUAUGGAGGUGACAUUAUCACACGGGAGACAGUUUACAAACACAUUAAAGAAGCUCAGUCUUGACAACGUUACUUUAAAUGAAACACUUAAUAUACAGCAUUGUGAUCAACUACAAGAACUAUGGCUGGACACGUUAACAUUUUCUGACGACUUCCACCUGGACCUGUCCUCAUUCACGCACCUUUCUGAGGUAGGUCUUAGAAACCUCCGCCUCAGGCAUGUGACCAUCGCCCCGACCCAGCUAGAGAGGUUCUGGGUCUCUAUCAAGGAUAACAUACGAGAGAACAUACCGCCUAUGGAGGUGACAUUCGCACACGGGAGACAGUUUACAAACACAUUAAAGAAGCUCAGUCUUGACAACGUUACUUUAAAUGAAACACUUAAUAUACAUCAGUGUGAUCAACUACAAGAACUAUGGCUGGACACAUUCACAUUUUCUGACGACUUCCACCUGGACCUGUCCUCAUUCACGCACCUUUCUGAGGUAGUUCUUCAAAACCUCCGCCUCAGGCAUGUGACCAUCGCCCCGACCCAGCUAGAGAAGUUCUGGGUCUCUAUCAAGGAUAACAUACGAGAGAACAUACCGCCUAUGGAGGUGACAUUAUCACACGGGAGACAGUUUACAAACACAUUAAAGAAGCUCUGUCUUGACAACGUUACUUUAAAUGAAACACUUAAUAUACAGCAUUGUGAUCAACUACAAGAACUAUGGCUGGACACGUUAACAUUUUCUGACGACUUCCACCUGGACCUGUCCUCAUUCACGCACCUUUCUGAGGUAGAUCUUCGAAACCUCCGCCUCAGGCAUGUGACCAUCGCCCCGACCCAGCUAGAGAAGUUCUGGGUCUCUAUCAAGGAUAACAUACGAGAGAACAUACCGCCUAUGGAGGUGACAUUCGCACACGGGAGACGGUUUACAAACACAUUAAAGAAGCUCAGUCUUCACUAUGUUACUUUAAAUGAAACACUUAAUAUACAGCAGUGUGAUCAACUGCAAAAACUACGGCUGGACACGUUAACAUUUUCUGACGACUUCCGCCUGGACCUGUCCUCAUUCACGCACCUUUCUGCGGUAGUACUUGGAAACCUCCACCUCAGGCAUGUGACCAUCGACCCUACCCAGCUGGAGAAGUUCUGGGUCUAUAUCAAGGAUAACAUGCGAGAGAACACACCGCCUAUGGAGGUGACAUUCGCACACGGGAGACGGUUUACAACCACAUUAAAGAUUCUCAGUCUUGACAACGUUACUUUAAAUGAAACACUUAAUAUACAGCAGUGUGAUCAACUACAAAAACUAUGGCUGGACACAUUAACGUUUUCUGACGACUUCCACCUGGACCUGUCCUCAUUCACGCACCUUUCUGAGGUAGAUCUUCGAAACCUCCGCCUCAGGCAUGUGACCAUCGCCCCGACUCAGCUAGAAAAGUUCGUUGUCUUUAUCAAGUAUAACAUACGAGAGAACAUACCGCCUAUGGAGGUGACAUUCGCACACGGGAGACAGUUUACAAACACAUUAAAGGAGCUCUGUCUUGUCAACGUUACUUUAAAUGAAACACUUAAUAUACAGCAGUGUGAUCAACUACAAAAACUAUGGCUAAACACAUUAACAUUUUCUGACGACUUCCACCUGGACCUGUCCUCAUUCACGCACCUUUCUGAGGUAGAUCUUCGAAACCUCCGCCUCAGGCAUGUGACCAUCGCCCCGACCCAGCUGGAGAAGUUCUGGGUCGCUUUCAAGGAUAACAUACGAGAGAACAUACCGCCUAUGGAGGUGACAUUCGCACACGGGAGACAGUUUACAAACACAUUAAAGAAGCUCUGUCUUGACAACGUUACUUUAAAUGAAACACUUAAUAUACAGCAGUGUGAUCAACUACAAGAACUAUGGCUGAACACAUUAACGUUUUCUGACGACUUCCACCUGGACCUGUCCUCAUUCACGCACCUUUCUGAGGUAGAUCUUCGAAACCUCCGCCUCAGGCAGGUGACCAUAGACCCGACCCAGCUGGAGAAGUUCUGGGUCGCUUUCAAGGAUAACAUACGAGAGAACAUACCGCCUAUGGAGGUGACAUUCGCACACGGGAGACAGUUUACAAACACAUUAAAGAAGCUCAGUCUUGACAACGUUACUUUAAAUGAAACACUUAAUAUACAGCAGUGUGAUCAACUACAAGAACUAUGGCUGGACACAUUCACAUUUUCUGACGACUUCCACCUGGACCUGUCCUCAUUCACACACCUUUCUGAGGUACUUCUUCAAAACCUACGCCUUCGGCAUGUCACCAUCGCCCCGACCCAGCUAGAGAAGUUCUGGGUCUUGAUCACAGAUAACAUACGAGAGAACACACCGCCUAUGGAGGUGACAUUAUCACACGGGAGACAGUUUACAAACACUUUAAAGGAGCUCAGUCUUGUCAACGUUACUUUAAAUGAAACACUUAAUAUACAGCAGUGUGAUCAACUACAAAAACUAUGGCUAAACACAUUAACAUUUUCUGACGACUUCCACCUGGACCUGUCCUCAUUCACGCACCUUUCUGAGGUAGAUCUUCGAAACCUCCGCCUCAGGCAUGUGACCAUCGCCCCGACCCAGCUGGAGAAGUUCUGGGUCGCUUUCAAGGAUAACAUACGAGAGAACAUACCGCCUAUGGAGGUGACAUUCGCACACGGGAGACAGUUUACAAACACAUUAAAGAAGCUCUGUCUUGACAACGUUACUUUAAAUGAAACACUUAAUAUACAGCAGUGUGAUCAACUACAAGAACUAUGGCUGAACACAUUAACGUUUUCUGACGACUUCCACCUGGACCUGUCCUCAUUCACGCACCUUUCUGAGGUAGAUCUUCGAAACCUCCGCCUCAGGCAGGUGACCAUAGACCCGACCCAGCUGGAGAAGUUCUGGGUCGCUUUCAAGGAUAACAUACGAGAGAACAUACCGCCUAUGGAGGUGACAUUCGCACACGGGAGACAGUUUACAAACACAUUAAAGAAGCUCAGUCUUGACAACGUUACUUUAAAUGAAACACUUAAUAUACAGCAGUGUGAUCAACUACAAGAACUAUGGCUGGACACAUUCACAUUUUCUGACGACUUCCACCUGGACCUGUCCUCAUUCACACACCUUUCUGGGGUACUUCUUCAAAACCUACGCCUUCGGCAUGUCACCAUCGCCCCGACCCAGCUAGAGAAGUUCUGGGUCUUGAUCACAGAUAACAUACGAGAGAACACACCGCCUAUGGAGGUGACAUUAUCACACGGGAGACAGUUUACAAACACUUUAAAGGAGCUCAGUCUUGUCAACGUUACUUUAAAUGAAACACUUAAUAUACAGCAGUGUGAUCAACUACAAAAACUGCAGUUGGACACAUUAACGUUUUCUGACGACUUCCACCUGGACCUGUCCUCAUUCACACACCUUUCUGAGGUACUUCUUCAAAACCUACGCCUUCGGCAUGUCACCAUCGCCCCGACCCAGCUAGAGAAGUUCUGGGUCUUUAUCACAGAUAACAUACGAGAGAACACACCGCCUAUGGAGGUGACAUUAUCACACGGGAGACAGUUUACAAACACAUUAAAGAAGCUCAGUCUUGUCAACGUUACUUUAAAUGAAACACUUAAUAUACAGCAGUGUGAUCAACUACAAAAACUGCAGUUGGACACGUUAACAUUUUCUGAUAACUUUCACCUGGACCUGUCCCCCUUUACGGACCUCUCUUUACUUAUACUACAUAACCACCGCCUCCAGCGUGUGACCAUCGCCACGGUCCCGCGGGAGAAUUUCUGGUUAUCCAUCAAAAUGAUCAUGCAAGAGAACACACCGCCUAUGGAGGAAACAUUCGCACACGGGAAACAUUUUGCACACAAAUUACGAGAGCUCCGUCUGCAUAAUGUUACUUUAAAUGAAACACUUCAUAUACAGCAGUAUGACAAACUACAGCAACUGCGGUUGGGCACAUUAUUACUUCCUGACAACAGUAGCAUUGGUCUGUUCUCAUUCACGGACCUCGCGGUGGUAACACUACAGAACCUCGGCCUCCAUCAUUUGAUCAUCGUCCCGGACAAGCUCGAGAAAUCAUGGGUGCUUGUCAACAAUAACAUUUCGAAGUUGAUACCAAACAUUAUAGAAGCGUUACAGAGUGACGAACAAUUUACAAAUAUAUCUCAAAUAUAUCGCUCUGCGGGAUUCGCGUACAUUAGGUAAGUCAUUCAAAUAAACACAAGUUUGUAGCUACAUCAGUUGACCCUCAGUUUUAUUUAAAACGUGUUGAUAUUGAAAAAGUAGGAGUGUUAUUUAAAAUGCUAGAUUGUACGAGGGGUGAUCGGGAAGUUCGUAGAAUGUUCGUAGAAUGUCCGUAUAACUUCCUUAUUAUUUGUGUCAUUACUAUGAAAAUUUAAAAAAAAAACUAUGAUUAACAUCAUCUCAUAAGCGUAGAGUUGAAAUACAAAAACAUUUUGUAUUAUUCGCUGAAUUAUAAGUGUCCAUAGCAACCCGCUUCGGCAUACCCGGGCACCUAAAAAAUUAUGCACUUUCCAACAUUGAUUAAAUUUAUUACUUCCGCAUUUUAAUGCGUUUUCUUUUGCGGACGACUUCGCGAAAUCGUCUGCUGUCCAACGUCGUUUAUGACGUUACUUCCUGAAAUUGUGACGUUUGUCGUUGUUUCCUGUUGAAAGAUAUAAGCAUUUUUAACGGCGUUGUCACUAACCGAAUUUUAAAACCAUGACGCCAACGGGCGACGUCGUGUAAAUGGCAGCCAUUAAAUUUUGCGUGGGGUCAGACAAGACACCAAGUAAAACGUUGAAGAUGUCACAGAGUUCCAGUACAACCAAUAAAUGCAGUAGGGCGCUUGUCUUUAAGUCGCACCGACGGUUUCCGGAAGGAAGAUGCUCUAUAGAAGACGAUCAACGAUAUGGCCGGCCGUCUAAGGUGAAAUGUGUACAGUGACAGGCGAAACACUUUGAGAAGUUUAGCUUCUGAAAUAGAUGUUUCCACUUCUACAGUGCAUGCAAUUUUGAAAACAGAAAUAGGCAUGUCUGAAGUGUUCGCGCGCUGGAUGCAGAGACUCCUUAAGGAUCAUGAGCGGGCAACAAGGGUUCACUGUUCGUAAGAGUUCGUCCGCCGGUAUGAGCAUGAAGGCGAAGAAUUUCUCGACUGCAUAGUUACAACCGACGAAACUUGGUUAUGGAACUUCGACCCGAAGACGAAAGCCCAUUCCUGUAUAUGGAAAACCCAGGGGACCCCUCCCCAUGCUCCUAAAGCACCAGGUUCCCGAUGGCCAGACAGUGGCCGCUAGUUACUAUUCGAAGGUAAGCAGAUUAACAUUUUAAAAAUUAUUUUAACAAUUAAAAUAUACAAAGAAAUUAAAAAAUAUUAGAAUUUAAUGUAAACAAAAAUUAUCAAAAUGCAGUGUUUUGGCGUUACUGUCAAGAUUCCAAAUUUGACUUAAUUUUAUAACUUUUAAGAAGAAACGCCCAAAUCUCGACCUCAAGCGCAUAAUAUUCCAACAAGAUAACAUUCCAGGACACAGAGCAAACUCAAGCCUCCUUGAAAUCAACUUGCUUGGUUUUGAAAUUCUUCAGCAUCCACCCUACGGCCCCCAUGGAUUUCAGAGUUCAGCCGGAAACCAAUGCAGUGCUACGGAGCGUGCGAGGACGCCAGUGAGCUUCGUAUGUAUACGCAAAAUGUUGUUUCGUCAUACGACAGUGAAUGGUUCAGCUAUACCUACACUAUAUGGUGACAGAUACAUAGAAAAUGCAUUCAAAUCCGCGUUGAUUACGUUGAAAAAGUGUGACUGAAUCUCUGACGUUAUCAUGACGUCGCUUGUUGUACUUUGGCUUGCUCCGGGUAUUUACAUGUAUAUAGUAAUGUAUAAAAAAACAUUCUACCAAUAGUCUACGAACUUCCCGAUCACCCUCGUAUAAUAUAUAGAUAUUGCUAAUAGUACGUGUCAAUCUUGUAAUGUGUUUUAAGUCAUCUUUUUUAAUAAAACAUGUAUUCAGAAAUUGUACAAAGACACACGCUAUAAACUAACUAUUUUAUACAUCCAACAUGUUAAAAACCACUGAAUAUUUAUGCCAAGAUAUGUUAAUAUAGUUAAAUAAACUCGCUGUAUUCAGCAUAUACAGUUGUAUACAGAGCUUUUAAAGAUGCACUCUUACUCCCAAACAAGAUGUAUUACAAGUAAAACAAUAGCUUUAAUUUACCCAAAAGCAUUUAUAAAUAUCGAGAACAAUAGUUCUUAUGAAGGAUGCUGUGUUUAAUUUGAAAGACAGAUCUAUGCAGAAAACACGGUAUUUAUACUAUUUGAAAUGAUAGCUGAUCACUGUAGAUCGUUUAGCACUCACAAAUCAUUUAAUAUUUGUGCGUUUUCAGCUAUUAAAUACACGUUUACAAUCUUUUUAUCAGUAAUUAUUACUUUCCAUGAAUGCAUUAUUAAAUAAGUAUUGAAAGGUUUAGCACCCAAAUGUUAUGUUUGUUACACAUGUGUAUGUAAUAAUAUUUAAUAAAAGUGUCACUUUAAAAUUAGAAAACAAUUUACUAUGUUGCUUAAAACAUUUUUGAGAAUCAUUUUAUUGGAAUUACAUAACUCGUUACAAUGUUAAAUACAUCCCAAAUCUAAAGAGGUCAUGCAUGUAAGUGGGAAAAAAUACAAUAACUAUUGACAUAUGAAAGUCUGUUUUACAUACAAGUAUUUUGUUUAGAACCUAAUUGAUCCAUAUGUAUGAUUUCAUUUCAAUAUGCCAUAAUUUAUGCUCAAAUGCUAAAUGUUCUUUCAUUUCAUGUACUCUGAAAUCGCCAUGUUUUGUGAGCAUGUAUUAUUUCUAGUCAAUGAUCAAGGGUCAUUUUAACCCAAUUCAAUGUAUUAAUAAGGUUGAAUAUUUAAACUGGAAGACAAUAAUGUUCUGUUCUUUGUUCUGUUGAUAAUCUUGCGCAUGCAUGUUCUUGUGUUACAUUAAAGUUUUGUGUGCACAAUAUUUUCAGUUACCAUAAAGAGUAAUAUACGUGAUCGCUCUUUAAUCUGUAUGUUUAGUUUGUAUAUUUAGAUACAUUCAAGGAACUAUAAUUGUAAAAUAUGUUGAAACUAGUUUUUUGCAUUUCAUGAAAUUAAUAUAGAGUUUUGUAUAUCAUAAAAUAAAUUGAGAAUUGGUUUAAUAUGUAUGCAUUAUCUGCAAUAAAGUUAUUAGAUAUC